AUUUAGAAAGAACAUGCGACCUAAAUGCAUGUUUUUUUUUUGUUUCGAAAAAAUAUUUUCCUGCGAAAUUUUUUUAGCUUAUUGCUUUGCAUUCAUGUUUGUGAGACUUGCAUACAGCCACAAUUUGCACUUUGAGACUUAAAAAUUUAUAAUAAUAUAAUCUUACAACCUAGCUGUAGUGCAAUUUCAGCAAAUUUUUGUUUUGAUUUUUUUUUUAAUCAUUCUAUACGAUCCUGAAAGUUGUUAUAAAAUAUAAUGCAAUUUUUUUCUUGUCAACAGCAAAAAUACAGAUCUGUAGUUCACAGUUAUUCCGAGCGAUGUCUCCAUAGUCUCUCCUGCUAACCUACGAAAUUUUGUCAAGUGAUUGAAGAUACACUUAACCCUCUCCUUUCGAAAAGGGGAGAGAUGUUACAAUGUUUAAACAUUUCGGUAUAAAUAAAUAGCUGUCACAAUAGCUCAAUAGUAUAAAAUGAGAACAGAAAAUUGUUUACAUCUCUUAUCAAUAUUUGCAAAUAUCAGGCAGAUCUAUAAAAUGGAAUUAAAAAGUCAUUAAUGUGCUGAUAAUCAAUCGAGAUCAGCUCACGAUUUCAAAGACUUGAAAUCGUUAAAAUUGUUGAAGUGCGCAAGCUAGCUUAUUUUUGUUGACAUUAUUUUUAAGAUAGAUUAUUUGCAUUUAAUUUUUAUAUCAAGAAGCGUAUUGAUUACGUUGAGAUGGAAUUGGCAAAGGAAAUCGUCGACGGCCUGGCAAGCAUUCAGAAUAGCAACAUUUUGCCCGAAGAGGCGUUUCUGCAGUUAUUAGACAUCAUAAUGUUAUAUAUUACUAAAAAUAUUAACAAUGGAAAAACAAGUAUCGCUACUAUUCAUUCAUCCAAGUCAGAUCUGAUAAAGGCUGCCGUUGCCAAUGUGUCUUGCCUCUUCGUAGAGGCUGCUCGACACGAUUACGAUGAGGAGAGCUUGAAACAUUUUCUACACAAUGAACACAUCAAUGGGCAAAGAAUCGAAACGCUAUGCAGUACAUAUAUGAACAAUAAACAAAACAUCCAGACUCAGCUGGAGCUGACGGGAAGUAGCCUGCCGCACGUAGUGGAUACGGAUUGGCGUUUACAUCAUUGCGUGAAGAUUAGCACGCGUUUCACCAACGUACCGAUUUACAACAUACGAAUAAGUACAAAAGAAUGCAAUCAGGUGAGGCAUGUGAUAUUUGCAUGUACUAUACAACAGCUACAAGAGUUGGUGUACAAAUUGAAGGAUGCUAUAAGACACAUUGAAAAAAUGUCAAAUAUAUGAACGGUCUAAUGUCUAUGGGCGAUUAUAAUGUACAGUUUUGGAAAUACGUUCUCGUCAUCUUUGCUUUUGAUAGUGAUUUGUACAUAUGAAGGAUAAUGUUCUAUGUGUGUAUGUAUGAACAAUACGGUUUUUUCUGUAAGUGCAGUCAAUUAUAUUUUUGCAUUAUUCGU